CCAAAGCUUCUAACAGGCACAUCCCAUUCCUGAAGAGAGGGGGACCCGCUCCGAGCCCUUCUCUCCGUGUCCAUGCUCUUCGGCGCCCGCAGCCUCGCGCCUCUCUGCUCCUGCCUGAGCUCGAGCACUCGCACUGAAAAAUCGAAGGAUUUUACACGGCGGACGGCGGCGGCAGCCUGAGCUCCUCUGAAACAUGUGGCACUCGGCAGUGCACUAAACGAGCACUUCAAGCCCAAUCCUGCAGCGCGAGAGCCUCUCUGUUUUUUCCCUUUCCUCUUCUUCCUCAGACGAGUGACGGACAUGCCGUACUGUCCAGCGCUGCUGCUCCAUCACUGAAGGGACUGACCGGAGGCUCAGAGCUGAACUUGGUGAAGAAGUUCCCCUGUGAGCCCCCCAGGGCCUCGGACGCGCGCUGCAAUUUUUGUUUUGAUUUUUAUUUUUAUUUAAUAUUUUUACAACUCACGCUUAAAGCUGCAUAACCGAGGCGAGACGGCGACCUCAGUCGAUUAUCUCUCCUUCCUUUGCUAUCCAAUGGAUAUUCAUUGCAAGGCAGACCCCUUCACGGCCAUGCACCGGCAUGGGGGUGUAAACCAGUUAGGCGGGGUGUUUGUGAAUGGCAGACCCCUACCUGAUGUGGUCAGGCAAAGGAUCGUGGAGCUGGCGCAUCAAGGGGUCAGACCCUGUGACAUCUCCAGACAACUCCGGGUCAGCCACGGCUGUGUCAGCAAAAUCCUCGGCAGAUACUAUGAAACCGGCAGCAUUAAGCCUGGAGUUAUUGGUGGGUCCAAGCCUAAAGUGGCCACUCCAAAAGUAGUGGAUAAAAUCGCAGAGUACAAGAGGCAGAACCCCACCAUGUUCGCCUGGGAGAUCAGAGACAGACUGCUGGCGGAAGGAGUGUGUGACAACGACACAGUGCCAAGCGUGUCGUCUAUCAACAGGAUAAUACGGACCAAAGUUCAGCAGCCUUUCCAUCCAUCUCCUGACGGGACAGGGACCACACUGACCACAGCAGGACACACUAUAGUGCCUAGCACAGCCUCUCCACCCGUAUCAAGUGCUUCCAAUGACCCAGUGGGCUCCUACUCCAUCAACGGCAUCCUCGGAAUCCCUCGCUCUAAUGGUGAAAAGAGAAAACGUGAUGAUGUUCUCUGGAGUGGCAACCACUUGGAUGGGAGGAAAAUAGGAUAUUAUGGCUCAGAUGGGUCUGGCCCAAACAGUGAUUCUCAGGGUAGUGUGGAGAGUUUACGGAAGCACCUGAGGGCUGAUGCCUUCACUCAGCAGCAGCUGGAGGCUCUGGACCGGGUGUUUGAGCGACCGUCGUACCCCGACGUCUUCCCAACGUCAGAGCACAUCAAGCCAGAGCAGGCUAAUGAAUACGCACUACCAGCACUGAACCCAGGACUGGACGAGGUCAAGCCCAGUCUGUCGACCAGCGCCAGCUCAGAAUUGGGCUCCAGCGUGUCACAGAGCUACCCGGUAGUGACAGAGUCCCAUUCGUCCUCGGUGUGUGUUAAGCAAGAGCCACACGAGGCUUCACUGGCUCCUUUCACCCCCUCCUCGCUGGCAGCCUCGGGCCUAGCGGAACUGUUGCCCUACCAGCCCAGCGUAUCAGUAGACGCCUCCACCCCCUGCUACGGUGCCUAUGCCCACCAUGGCCCCAGCUACGGCCAGUAUGCAAGCCAGCCUAUUAUAGCAGGUCGAGACAUGGCCAGUACGACUCUCCCAGGCUACCCUCCUCAUGUCCCCCCCACUGGGCAGGGAAGCUAUCCCACCUCAACACUUGCUGGAAUGGUCCCUGGAAGUGAUUUUUCAGGAAACCCCUACUCCCAUCCACAAUACACAACUUACAAUGAGGCUUGGCGGUUCAGCAACCCUGCAUUAUUAAGUUCCCCUUAUUAUUAUAGUGCCGCAUCCCGGGGCUCCGCCCCUCCCACUGCUGCCACUGCCUAUGACCGCCACUAGUUACCAUGGCAACCCAAUCAAACUGCAGCACCAUGGUCGUGGCCUCCAUAUUGUACCAGUCUGAAUGGCAUUAAGGUCCACGGGAUUGAACUUGACUCUACAAUCUUCAGUUUCCCGGGGUCAAGCUGAGAUUAAGAGGGUCAAGCAGCGGUGGGUUUUUGCCUCACACAUUUCUCGGACCACCUGAUCAUCGACACCAGAGCCCUCGUUCUUCGAUGUGCUGGAAACUGACUGAGCAAUUUUCCGAAAAAGACUCUGAAAGAUUAUACAAAAUAUAUAUAUUAUAAAAUAUAAAACAUGACAAACCGUGUGAAAAAUACAAAGUAACAAGUGAUGUGUUUUUUUUUCCAUCAACGCAUUCCUUUACAUACUGUACUUAGUAUCACUGACCAAGGAUCGAUUGAGGCAUUUAGGACUGUCCUUUGCCAAUGUCCUACCAUUAUCACUGUCUCACCUCUCACGGACACAUCAAUUAUGAACGGAGUACAGAGAAGGAGAGAACUGCAGUAGAGGACUUUCACUCAAACCCCUACUAUAAUGACCAGUUUAGUCAUCUGCUGCCUCUGAAUGAUGGCAUGACGAUAGCAAAAGACGUUCAUUCUUUUCUGUGAUACACAAUCAUGUGUAAAAAUCUGACUACUAAGAAUAAAAAAAAAGAAAAUUCCAAAUGGUCUGAAAAGAAAUGAAUUUAUUAAGUUAUAGCUGUGUUUGGAUUUUAUGAAUUUCUCAUUUCUUUUUUUUUUUUACAUUUGAUGCCAGUUUUCUGUCUUGCAGUUCAUUCAGUUCUGACUUCAUAACUAAUAUUAUGCUUUGCUCAUUUUUGCACUAUUUAAUCACAAGAACACUGAGCUAGCAACGUUUACCAGAUUACAUGCAUAAACAACUUCUCAUUCUAAAUGCUAACUAUGUGGCAUAAAAAUAAUUUAACAUAUGUUGUACAUCUCUUUUUCAUUUCACUUCAGUAGGAAUGAAAAAAAAAAUGUAUACAUAAAAAAUAAAUGAAUUAUAAAUGGCAUAUCAGUAAUCCACUAUGAUUUGUACUAGUUCUGUUCAGUUAUUUAGAACUGAGAAGUAAUUUUGCAUAAACACACUGCUCAUGCUAAUAGAACAAAUGCUCUCGACUCUUAUGUCAUCAUGAAUAACACACUCCUAGUAAUGCCUUACUAUCACCCCCGCCCCUUUCCCUCAAACGUAUGGGUGAAAACAUUGGCUCCAGUCCUGAGAGGUAGACGUGCAUGUAACACAACAUUUUUGCUGUUGAUCACAAUUUUUCUCUAAAUCUAGGUGGGACAUUCGAGACAGAAGUGAAAAAGAUUCAUUACGUUACACACUCCUGGAAAUGUAAAGUGAAUGUAAUUUUUACCACAUUUGCCAAAGACAUAGUUUGAUAUUUAAUAUUUUAUUUGCAGUUUCUGUAUGCAUUAAUAAAGCAGUAUUAUGUUUUAAUAGUAGUCAACACUGAUUGUAUGUGGUAAUGUUAAACAAAAUGCAAAAGGUCCAUCAAAGACAACAUUACAGUGUACACGAACCAAGUGUAUUGGGUUACUUAAUGUUUAUGUCAUUUGCAACAAAUUGCUGCUUUGUAGAAUUUGUGUAUAAUGUGAAGACAAUUCUUCUAUGUAUAUAAGAUCAUCUACAUCUGACCAUUGCAGUAUCGUACUAAUUUACUGAUUCCAUUUGUACAUAUGCGAUUUGAACAGGAGUAAAAAAAAAUACAUACAUCUGUGUCUUACGUGUUGUGCACUAAAGCACAACAAAAAAAAAAAAGAAAAAAAGGAAAAAAAAGAAACCUGUCAUUUAUUAUUCUGUGGGUUUCAGAUGACGCCCAUCACAUGUAUGGCUGGUUGUACGUUUGGUUCUGUUUUUCUUGACUUGUUCAUAAUUUUUUAAGUCACUAUGCAAAUGAAGUAAAACAGCUUUCUGUAUUCUCUUUUACUAUCGUGUUCCAUCUGACAUCUGAUUCCGGUUGUUCCCACGGCCUCUUAUUGAUGGCAAGUCUGUACAAACGAACAAAUGCAUUCUGCACACCUGGUUCUAUGGACUGCUCUGAUGGAUUUCCUUACAGCAAUCCUUAUUCCACAUUUGAAGUGCAUUCUGUAACUUUACGGUUCUAAAGGUUCUUGAGCCAUGCUGACCUGAAAGUGUUCGCUAUAAGACACAGCAGCAUGAAAAAAAAUGUUUUCUGCUUCUUCAUACACCAGCAGAGAGAACAGCAGUUAAGAAUAAAUGGAUGAAUAUUGUUACAGUUUCAAAAGGUCAAAAGUGCUGUCCCGCUUAGAAUGAAGAGAUUUUUUUUGUCUCACUCAUUGCGCUUCAUUUCGUGUCUUUUAAGAAGAGGCAGACAGAAAGGACCUACAUCAUUAGAGCAAGGCAGAGGACAUGGUUCUCCUCCAGCUGUUAAAAUGAUACAGGAGAUAUAUCAUGGACAUAACAAGAAUUUCUGAUGAGAAUCUAUAACAAAAGCCAUGUGGCCUCAAUCACUGCUCUGUUCCACUUCUGUCCAAUUCCUUUUUUGUGCACAUGAAAAAUAAAUUUUUUGUAUGUCAA